CGUAAGCAAGAAGCUGGCAUUUUGAAUGUUGGUUGCAUUGAAAGUAUUUAAAGCAUCAAGCUAAUAUCCGACAGUAUCUGUACAUGUACAUAUAUUGUAACCGUUUUUGAACCUGUCACAGAACAAUCUGAGUGUUGGUGUCAGGUUAAAGCCUAUUUAAUGUUGUGUUUACCUCCAGCCCUCCUCCACCAACUCAGAUUUGAAAGAACUGUGGUAGCUAGUCAAGUUACAGAAUUGUUGGCUCGCAAUGAAUGUAAUGUGGGGUGAUAAUCUUCUUGUUAUUCAGGUCUAACCCCUAAGUAAUUUAACCGUAUGUUUUUCCUGUCAUAACGGGAUGCAUUCCUCAACAUAAAACGUCUCUGGUGGAGGUGUUAGAGGACAGUAGUGUCAGUGUUGUUUACGUUGCUAGCAAAGUGUAAGCUAGGUCUAGUGUUCUUGAAAAUGCGUGCGUGACAUGGGCAUAUAACGGUGACCUAUUUACAGACUGGUUCUGACUUGAAUAUUCUGCGAGUUUGCGUGGUGUCUUUCGCUUGAAACCUCAGUGAAACAACUUCAGGGGGUCGCUACACUGGACCUGUAUUAAGAUAGCGGUUUAUUUGCACCUGUGGAUGGGACACUUGUGCUGAUCAAAACUGGCGAAUGUAAUGUCGAUGACCUCCAUGCUACGUUGCGCUUUAAGGGUGGAUAAUAAAUAUGCUGCGGCACAUAUUAUCCAGAAAAGAAGACUCUCAGGGGCAGAGGCUAUUAAUGCCCUGCGGCCCUUCUACUUUGCAGUGCACCCAGACUUCUUUGGGCAGCAUCCCAAGGAGAGGGAAGUAAAUGAAAACUCAUUGAAGAGACUAAAUGGAUACUUAGAAAACCUCUCAAAGCCAGGAGCACGGUCUGUCAAACCAACAAAACUAACUUUUUAUGUUCGUGACACCAAGGCGAAGGCAGACAUGGAGCAAGAGCUCCUUCCUUCAGGGUUUCGCUCUGUGAGCUUCACUCUGCAGACUAAGGAUGUGUUGAGCACUGUGUUGGACGUGCUGCAGUCCUGCAGCCUGUCAGUGGAGCACAUGCAGGGUCUCAAAGCCAGUGGCCAGCACAGUCCCAGCGGGGGCGCCAGGGUGCCCAACGGGGCCACACCCUUCUACAGGCCCAUCAAAUGGGACAAGAGCUACUACACCUUCACUGGCUUCAGAGAUCCAGAGGAGGAACUGCAGCACGCCAAGAAAGUAGAGCCCAGUUUUAGUUUGUGGCUGAGGAAGAACGAGGCUGAAGCUAGUCGCAAGCAGAAGGCAAGUCAGCCACGCAGAGAUGAGCUGCAGAGGCUCAAGACAGAGCUCUGUGAAAAGCUGGGCCUCACAGACAUCAGGUGGCAGCGGAGCUGGGGAAUGGCCCACCGCUGCUGUCAGCUCCAGAGCCUGAGCCGCCUGGCCCUGCAGAGCCCCGAGGCCUUGCACCAACUCAGGGGGCACACAAUACUGUACAGCGACCAGUCAGGGAUGAAUGCCUCAGGGUACGUCAUGCUGGGAACCAUGGAUGUCCACCACCACUGGACCAAACUCUUUGAGCGGCUGCCGACUUACCGCAGCCUGUUCCAGCAGACGGAGUGGCUGAAGGAGCGCAUCAGCCUGCUGCUGGGGGGCGUGCAGGUGAUCCACGUGGAGCGGCUGGGCCCCGUGCUGCCCCUGGAGGAGCACUACAGCACCCUCAACCACUUCCACAAGAGGCUGCUGCCCCAGAGGAUGGCGCUGCACCCCCGCAGCCUGCAGGGACUCACCAUGACUCUGGAGAGUGGACGCUCCAGCAUUGGCCUGCAUGAGAUGGGUCACUUCAUGAUCCCAGCCAUCUGUGACCCGGUCCAGCUGCGGAGCUUCUUCCAGACGCAGGCCAACGAGGCUCGGCAGCGCCACAAGCGGCGGGACCGGCUGGAGGCUGAAGAGGAGGACGUGGUGGAUACCUGUGUGAAGGACCUGUCUCUGGCGGGCCUGUGCAAGGAGCCCAGCGUGUCGGCCAGCCAGAUGAUCCCGUGCUGCCGGCGUCUGCUGGAGGACCGCUCCCCUCUCAUGCAGGGCCUGCAGCUGCGCAUCUCCCACUUCUACUCAGUCAUGCAGGACGGGGACCUUUGCAUACCCUGGGACUGGAAGGGCUGAGCACUCUUUUCAAGGGACCCAAUCAAGAACAUUCACACACACACAGAUACACACAUGCACACAUACACACUUACACACACACACUUCAAUUGUAAGCACUUUAUACUGUCUGAGACAUGGCUGGUGAUAUGCACAUCAGGUGGGUUCAGUUAUACGGUUAAAAUAUCAACAGAGAAAGUUAGCGCUUGCAUACAGAUAUUCACUUAGCAUUUUUUUUUUUUUUGUCAAAUUAAAUUUGUUAAGUGAAUUAUAUGUACAAGCACUCAACUUUUUCGUGAUAUGUUAGUGUCUAUAGGUCAAUCCCCAAUGGGGAUAUACGUUUUUGUUUUGAAAGCCUUCAGUAAACCAGAGUGAAGGCCAGUGUAUGCUGCAGUGAUAUAAGUUACUGACUUAUAUACAUAUUAUGGGAACUGUAGAAUGGUGCUGUAAAAGAUUAUUAUGAGUGUACAAUCUGUAAAAAAUAAUAAUGUGCUGUGACAACCAUAAUUUGUGUAAAGCUGCUGCAAGUGAAAUGAGGUCAAUGUUGUCUCUUAAGCAGCAACUCCUAGAUCUGUGGGUUGUGUCCUGCCGUGACCAUGAUCACAAUUUAUUUUUGUGAUGUCCUCCAACGUUUCACCUUUUAGAAAUGACCUUUAGUUGAAUUUAACCUCUGUAUUGAAGUCUCGAAAGUAUUCAGAAGUCAGUCAUGGCACUUGGUCAGUAGGGGGAGCUCUAAUUCCAGGGCAUGAAGAUUUGAUCACCUUCCAGGUCCUGCUCAUCUGUUUUUCUCAAGUCAUGUGCCUUUGAGAUUGUUUGCUUGGUUUUCAUCUGCAUUUUUGGGAUUGUUCGCUUGGUUUCCAUCUGCAUUUUUGAAUGUGCCCAUUGACUUACUGUGAUGUCCUGAAGGGUGUCUUGUUCACAACUACCAUACAGUAGACAUAACAGCAUAGUCCAUGUGACACUUCUGCAGAAGCUACAUGUUGGGUCAAUUGUGAUGGAAACAAUGAUAAUGGGGAAAGGACAAACGAAGGUUCUUGAGAAGCCUUUCCCAGUUAAUAUGACACACUCUGAUCUACACCUGGCCAUGCUGCACAUUUAAAUUGCUCCUGCUCACAACAGCAGAGUGCUGCACAGUGCAGUCGCCAGUAACCGUGGUCACACUGUGACUCGUUGAAUGAGCACUUAACUUGUGAACCGAGCCUUGGUCUUUGGCCAUUUAGUUCACCCUGUUUAGUUCUUGGCCAUUUAGUUCACCCUGUUUAGUUCUUGGAGUUCUUGGCCAUUUAGUUCACCCUGUUUAGUUCUUGGCCAUUUAGUUCCCCCUGGUCUGCAGAUGACAUGCAGGCUCCAGUGACGUUUUUGUUCAAACACUUCUGGUUCUAGAGGACUAUUAAAGAAUGUAAUGUACUCUUCUAUCAAUCCUUCUCUCCAUCAUUUUGUUCUAAAUUCCUGAUGUCCUUUGUUCUGGGUUUGCCUUCUGAAAUGUUGAAGCAUUAAAGUAUAAUUUAUG